AUGUAUCCCGAGAGGCCACAGUCAGUUGCAGACUUAGUUCCGCUUCCGCAGGGCAAUGGUCCCAAGAUAAAAGCGUUUGACUUCCAAGGCCCCCAGCAGAUCGAGUUCCCGAGCGACGAAAGCUGGGUCUCACCAGCGCACCCGGACAACUGGGAUGAUCCGGACGCACUUGGAGCCUUCUACCCUUAUUCUGAGCCUUUUACUUGCGAGUGCCGUGCAUUUGGCCGACUUCAAGAGACCGGUUACGAAGAAUUGGCAGUCAAAUGUUUCGGCUAUAUACUGCUGGACGAUGCACACGAAAGAACCAUGAUGAAUCAGUUCGCCUAUCUCCCCGCCCACAAACUCAGCUUCACCUGGGAUGGCUAUCAUGAUGGUGAUGAAGAGGAGUAUUACAGGGACGCUAAUAUUCGAGACAUGAGGACUCGUUUUCGUUGCAGCGAUGGUAGUCUCCCGCCAAUUCGAGGUAUCGUCAAGGAGUUCGGAGAGAGCAAAGUCUUGGAUUACAAAGGCGCCAAAAGCAUCCUCAGGGACAUCAAAUACGUACAGCAACUCGGAAUUACUGACCUAGACCUUGCACACAGGCAGAUCAUCAAUGGUAAGCUGUCCGAUUUCAGCACAUCCAUCACGGUUCCUCACUUUGCCAGCAACCCAGAGUGGAAUCUACAGCUCUCACGAUCUUGCAGAUCAAAGAUCGAGUUUGAACUCUUCGCCACCUGCUACAAGGAUUUUCGAGACUUUGAUAUAAUGAUACACGACUGGAACGAGGAUCACAAGGAUCAGAAGGACAAGCAAAUCAAUCUUAAAGCACUGCCCGAAGGAUUUCCCCCUGAGCGCAGGCGGUUGAGAAACACUUCGGCUCAAAGGCGCCUCAACACUCAUGUCGAUCCGAGGAACUACACAAGGUAUCUUCCAUACCCUAACAGACAAGGACAGAUUGUCCAGAGAACAUUUCGCGCUCUUGCAAGGAAGCCAUCCGUGUGGUAUAUGGAGUGCUCAGCCGCCGCAGUACGCAGACUCAAAGAAACCGCGAGGAUUGAAUCUGGUCUUCAUUGGCAGCAUCAGAAUGGACAUAUCGUCCCCUUAGACUAG